AACAAGCCUUAUUAUUAGUUCUCAUUUUUUUUCUUCUCUUUGAUUUCUCAAAGAGAUGAACAUUUCCAGACCUUUCAGCAUUCUUUUGCUUCCCUUCAUUUUGUUAUUUUCAGGAAAGUCCAUUACCAUUCAAGCUACAUCCUAUGAUUAUUAUGCGACAACUGAGUGCUUGGGGGAGCCAGGGAGGGUUCAAUAUGGAGGAGGGAUGAUAGUGAAUCCAGAAUUCAAGUAUGGAACUGAAGGAUGGAAAGUGUUUGGAGGAGGAGAAAUCAAGCAAGGGCUGCUGAAACAAGGAAACAACAUCAACACCUUCAUUGUAGCUUACAACAGGACUCAACCAACGGAUACUUUCUAUCAGUUGGUCCACCUCCAACAUGGAAAACUCUAUAGUUUUUCCGCUUGGGUUCAAGUAAAUGAAGGAAAUGCAACUGUGGCUGUUCUAUUCAGAAAUAAGAAAACGGGUGAGAUUCUUCAUUGUGGUGAAACCAUAGCCAAGCAGGGCUGCUGGAGUUUGCUCAAAGGUGGUAUUGUCUCUAAUUUUACAGGCCAUGCUGAGGUUUUCUUUGAGAGUACAAAUAUAGCAGCAGAAAUUUGGGUUGAUAACGUCUCAUUACAACCAUUUACAAAGGAGCAAUGGCGAGCCCACGAAGAAGAAAGCAUUAACAAGGUGAGGAAAAGCAAGGUGAGGCUGCAAAUAACUCAGGCAGACAACAGUAAACUAGCAGGUGCAAAAGUCCUUAUCAAGCAAAAAAAACCAUCCUUCCCAUUUGGAGCUGGAAUGAACUACCACAUCCUCCAAAGCAAAGAAUACCAACAGUGGUUUGCAUCAAGAUUUUCUUAUGCUACUUUCACCAAUGAACUCAAGUGGUAUAGCACUGAGAUAGUACCAGGCCAAGAGAACUACACUAUCCCUGAUGCCAUGCUUGAGUUUGCCCAACAACAUAAUAUUUCAGUAAGAGGACACAACAUUUUCUGGGCAAAAGCCAAGUUUCAGCCACAAUGGGUCAAGUCACUCUCCCCUGAAGAUUUUAAGAAAGCAGCCGAAAGAAGAAUCAACUCCAUGGUUAGAAGAUAUUCAGGAAAAUUCAUCCAUUGGGAUGUCAUGAACGAAAACGUGCACUUCAGAUUCUUCGAGGAAAAACUUGGUGAAAAUGCCACUGCAGAGUACUUCAAGACAACGCACGAACUUGAUAAGAACACAAUUCUUUUCAUGAAUGAAUACAACACCAUGGAACACGACUACGAAAAGACAGCAACCCCAGCUAACUUCAGAAAGAAACUCUUCGAAAUCCUAUCGUAUCCCGGGAACGAAAACAUCCCAGCAGGAAUCGGCUUGCAGGGCAACUUCGGGCCUGCCGCACCAAACCUGGCUUACAUGAGAUCUGCUUUGGACCUUCUAGGCUCAACAGGGUAUCCCAUAUGGAUCACAGAAAUAUUUUAUCGCCAAAGCCCAAAUCAGGCACAAUACUACGAAGAAGUUCUAAGAGAAGGAUACUCACAUCCUGCAGUGAAGGGGAUAAUCACAUUUGCAGGCCCGGAAUCGGCCGGUUUCACUACUCUGCCGCUUGUGGAUACCAACUUCAAGAACACCGCAGCGGGAGAUGUCGUCGAUAAGCUUUUGGCGGAAUGGAAAUCAACCGGACUUGAAAUUACAGCCGACGGUGGAGGUCUUGUCGAUGCUUCGCUCUUCCAUGGAGAUUACGAUGUCACAGUGCAACACCCAGGAACCAAUUCCUCCAUUUCUGUUAGUAUUAGGGUGGCGGAAGAUGCCGCCCAUCAGACUUUCAACAUCCAACUCCGUGAUUGAAGUUGUAGUAGCAAACCAAUCCCUUUCAAUAAUUACGAGUAUAAUAAAUAACACAAGAAACCUUUUUUAUUUUUAGUUUUUCUGAAGGAAACACAGGGAUGUUCCAUGUUCUAAUAUUUUAUCAAAGACAUUUCAUCUGAUGGAUACUUUUGACAUUUACACCACAUCGA